AUGGGCUCCUCCAAUUCUACAAGUCGAUCAGGGGAGAAGGCUUUCAAGUGGAGGAUCGAUGGGUUCUCCUCCCUUAUUAAUCUAGGCAAUGAGUGGACUAACUCGAGCUCGUUCGAUGCGAAGGGCCUAAAAUGGUACAUAAGGGUGAAUCCAAUGGAUACAAAGAGCGGUGAUACAAAAAGACAUGUAUCUCUCAAACUUGAACUCGUGCGAUCAUCUGUGCAGCCUAAUAUUGUGAUAGAAGCAGUGUUCAAGCUUUUGAUAUAUGAUCAGUUGCGCAGAAAGCAUGUCGAAAACAUAGUUACCGAUCACUUCCACGCUACAAGUACUGCUUCAGGAAGUUUAUUCAUGAUCCCCCUCGAUACAUUGAAAGAAUCAUCCGCCGGUUUUCUCAUCAACGAUAGUUGCAUCUUCGGUGCGGAGGUCGUGAAAGUUAGGAAAGUGCGACAGGACACCGUGUCGGAGACGCUAUUUGUGCAGAAGAGCAAGAAUGCUUCCGAUGUGUUCUCGUGGGAAAUCGAGAAGUUCACGGAGUUGCAGAAGCCCUACAGCACCUCUAAAGUUUUCGCCGCGGGCGGAUACAACUGGUAUUUGAAACUUCAUCCAGAAGGCGAUGAGGCUACAAACUAUUUAUCUUUAUACGCAACGUUAGACAAGUCCAGCACACUUUCACCCGACUCCGGGGUUCUCGUAAAGCUAAGUUUGUGCAUUAAGGAUCAAAACAACGAUAACCAUAAACGCCACACAGCGCAAAUUCAAUUUACCGCAAAGUGCACCAGUUGGGGAUGGGGGAGAUUCAUAUCACUCGAAGAUUUCAACGAUCCAUUCAACGGAUUUCUGUUGAAGAACAAGUGCACUAUCGAAGCAUCCUUCACCGUUAUUGGAUUAUCAAAUCGAAAAUAAAGAUGAAUGGUUAUGACUUGUGAUUAUGAUCAGUGUUUUUUUCUAUAAUUGCGAAAAUAAAGUA